CUUCUCUCUUCAUCAACAACCCUUUCCUUUUUUUCCCAUCAUCAACGGCAUUGUUUUCAGUCUUCACUUAAUCAGUAUUCAUCAACAGCUCCUAAGUAUUCACUGAACUGAGCUGAGUCGCUUGAGAUGUCGAAUCGGCCAGAGCUACUAGCUCCACCUGAGAUUUUUUAUGAUGAUUCAGAGGCUCGUAAAUACACUUCUUCUUCUCGUAUUAUCGAUAUUCAGGCUAGGCUAUCAGAAAGAGCAUUGGAGCUUCUUGCUUUGCCUGUUGAUGGAAUCCCUAGAUUACUCCUCGAUAUCGGCUGUGGAUCAGGACUUAGUGGGGAGACAUUAACUGAAAAUGGUCACCAAUGGAUCGGCUUAGAUGUUUCGCAAUCAAUGCUUAAUAUUGCUUUGGAGCGGGAGGUUGAGGGUGAUCUUUUACUUGGUGAUAUGGGUCAGGGCCUAGCACUUCGACCUGGAAUUAUUGAUGGUGCCAUCAGUAUUUCAGCUGUUCAGUGGCUAUGCAAUGCAGACAAGUCCUCCCAUGAACCAAGACUAAGAUUGAAGGCUUUCUUUGGAUCAUUAUAUAGAUGUUUGGCAAGAGGAGCAAGAGCAGUGUUCCAAGUGUAUCCUGAAAACAUAGCCCAGCGUGAAUUAAUUUUGAGAUCUGCAAUGCAUGCUGGAUUUGCUGGUGGUGUUGUCAUUGAUUACCCACACAGUGCUAAGAGUAGAAAAGAAUACCUCGUGCUUACUUGUGGACCACCAUCUUUAAGCACUGCUGUUCCCAGGGGGAAAGGCGAAGAUGGAGAAAGCUGCUCUGAAGAUGAAAAUAGUGAAGAAAAUCAGAUGGUUUGCAUUUCAGACAGGAACAGACCUAAGAAAAAACAGAAAAUAACUAGGAAAGGGAAGGGCAGAGAUUGGAUAUUUAAAAAGAAAGAGCAACUGAGACGAAAAGGAAACGCAGUGCCUCCUGACACAAGAUACACUGGUCGAAAACGGAAGGCUCGAUUUUGAUAUUUACAUGAGCAGCCAACCUAUUGGAAAAUUAGACAUAUAAAUCGUUUUGUACCCAGACCUUUAUGCAUUGCCUGUUCCUGUUGCUGCUCCAACUUGGUGAAAUCGAUGUUGAAGAUACUUGGUCAUGCAAGUGUGAAAUCAGAUGGCAAAAAGAUGAUUAUUAUAAGAUACUCGGUCAUUUUAUAGGCCUUGUGUUUUUGGGAAAUCAAAUUGAAACGAUUGAUUCUAGAAUGAGAUUUUGUUUUGUUUAGUUGGAACAAGCCAAUAACCUUUAUCCAAUCAAGACCAAGCCAAGAAAGAUAAUGAAACAUUACCUGUUUUGUUUA